AUGACACCUUUCCGUCAUCUCAGAGCUCUGGUAAACAGAAACGACCGAAUAACACCAAACAUGAGGUUGUUUUCGCUGAUUCUUUGCGCAAUAUGGCCAAUUGCGCUUGCCCUGGGUGCCUCAUCAAAGGCCGGAGAUAAAUAUUCGAAAUUCAAGACUGCGUCAAGGUCUACUGGCGCAGUAACUCUGGACGAUGCAAGCUAUCAUGAACUCACCGCGGCUCCUCGAGAUUACCAUACUGUUGUGCUCUUGACGGCCAUGGACUCGCGAUUCGGAUGUGAGAUCUGCAAGAUGUUCCAGCCGGAGUGGGAACUUCUCAGUCGGACUUGGAGCAAGGCUAAACUUGGAGACUCAAAGUUGGUCUUUGGUACACUCGACUUCUUGGAUGGUAAAGGCACAUUCCAGCAGGCUCCGAUAACAAGCCAGCUCGAUAUGACUUCAGCAGGUGAGUGUGAAUUCAAAGGAAGUGAAGGAAUGAACAGUGAACUAAAUGAUGCUUCUUCCAGUCCUGUCACUGCGGAGCAGAUGCACCUAUGGAUUAGCCGUCACCUCGCUGGAGUCCCAACACCGAAGCUUGUUCGACCAAUAAACUACACCCGAAUGAUGGGGAUGUUGAUAGGGAUGUUAGCGGUCAUAUCGCUUAUCACUGUAUCUUCCAAAUAUGUCGUGCCAAUUUUGCGAAGUCGCAACCUAUGGACAGCCCUAAGCCUCCUUGCGAUUUUGCUCUUUACUACUGGCCACAUGUUUAACCAUAUCCGCAAGGUACCGUACGUUGCGGGUGACGGUAAGGGAGGAAUCAGCUACUUUGCUGGAGGAUUCCAGACCCAAUUCGGCCUAGAAAGUCAGAUUAUAGCUGCUAUCUAUGGUGUUUUAUCCCUCGGCUCCAUAGCUCUCGCUAUGAAAGCACCGAGAAUACUGGACCCUCAGUCGCAGCGAGUCACUGUAAUUCUCUGGAGUGCUGUGACCUGGGUCAUGUACAGCUUCCUUAUUAGCCUUUUCCGUGUAAAGAACGGUUCAUACCCGCUCUCAAUUCCUCCAUUUUAA